CCCAGUGCGCUGUGGGAUAGUGGGCACUAUAAAGUAUAUCCUCUCUCUCGGAGAAAAGAUAAGAAGCCCGAGACCAGGAGGGGGAUGAAGAUGGCGGACGCCAAGCAGAAGAGGAACGAGCAGUUGAAGCGAUGGCUGGGCUCGGAGACGGACCUGGAGCCUCCCGUGCUGAAGAAGAAGAAGACGAAGGUGAAGUUCGAUGAUGGCGCCGUGUUUCUGGCCGCCUGCUCCAGCGGCGACACCGAGGAGGUGCUGCGAAUGCUUGACCGGGGAGCAGACAUCAACUACGCCAAUGUGGACGGUCUCACUGCCCUCCACCAGGCGUGCAUAGAUGACAAUGUUGACAUGGUGACUUUCCUGGUGGAGCACGGAGCCAGCAUCGACCAACCUGACAAUGAGGGCUGGAUCCCCCUCCACGCCGCGUCCUCCUGCGGAUACCUAGACAUAGCAGAGUAUCUUAUUAGCCAAGGUGCCAGUGUAGGAGUUGUGAACAGUGAGGGUGAGACGCCUCUGGACAUCGCUGAGGAAGAGGCGAUGGAAGAGCUAUUGCAAAAUGAAAUCAACCGACAAGGGGUGGAUAUCGAGGCGGCCCGGAAAGAGGAGGAGCGGGUCAUGCUGAGGGACGCCCGGCAGUGGCUCAACAGCGGCCAGAUCCAAGACACCCGGCACGCCAAGUCUGGAGGAACGGCUCUCCACGUAGCUGCCGCCAAGGGAUACGUCGAGGUUUUAAAGCUUUUAAUCCAAGCAGGGUAUGAUGUAAAUAUUAAGGACUAUGAUGGCUGGACUCCACUACAUGCAGCAUCACACUGGGGCAAAGAGGAGGCAUGUAGGAUACUGGUGGAGCACCUAUGUGACAUGGACCUCAUUAAUAAAAUGGGCCAGACAGCUUUUGAUGUAGCAGAUGAAGAUGUUCUGGGAUACUUAGAAGAACUACAAAAGAAACAAAAUCUUCUGAUGAGCGAGAAGAAAGAUGUUAAGAAGUCUCCUUUGAUUGAAACGACAACCACAGGGGAUAACAACCAAUCACUAAAACCACUCAAGAGCAAAGAAACGCUGCUUCUGGAGCCAGAAAAGAGCGCUCCACGCAUCGAGACCUUAGAACCGGAGAAGGUGGAUGAAGAAGAGGAGGGAAAGAAGGACGAAUCGAGCUGCUCCAGCGAGGAAGAGGAGGAGGAAGAUUCAGAGUCAGAGACUGAAGCAGAUAAGAGCAAGCCUUCGGCGUCAGUGAGCAACAGCACAACACCCACCCCAUCCAGCAUCACUGUCUCAUCUCCAACUAGCCCAACCAACCAGCUGACGACUCCCACCUCACCAACAAAGAAGGUCACUCAGCCUGUUGCAAAGGUCUCCGCUAAAACGGAGGAGGAGAGGAAGGACGAGUCUCCUGCGUCGUGGCGUCUAGGUUUGAGGAAGACGGGCAGCUAUGGGGCGCUGGCUGAGAUCACGGCCACCAAGGAGGCUCAGAGGGAGAAGGACACGACAGGGGUGAUGCGCUCAGCCUCGAGCCCUCGCCUCUCCUCGUCCCUGGACAACAAAGACAAAGAAAAGGAAAAGGACAAAGGAACCCGGCUUGCCUACGUGGCCCCUACUAUUCCCAGGAGACUGGCCAGUACGUCAGACAUUGACGAGAAGGAAAACAGGGAUUCUUCUGCCACUCUGAUACGUAGUGGUUCCUACACCCGGCGACGCUGGGAUGACGACCUGAAGAACAGUGAAGGAAGCGCCUCCACCAACCGAACCCCCAGCUACCAGCGAAGCACGUCCCAUACGCUAGCGCUAGGGCGGAGCGGCAGCACGCGGGACGUGCCAGCCAAGUCUUCGUCCACCUCCAGUUUGGACCCUAACACCUGUAAUACUAAACCCUGGCAGCCACCCUCCUCCCACUACCAGUCUUACAGCAUUUACCGCAGUGGCUCUUUUGGCAGAAGACACGAGGACUUGAGCUCCUCGACCACCUCCUCCUCCACGACCACCACCACCUCAUCUGUUACCUCACCCACGGGCCAUCGCGGACUGCUCUCCAGCCUGGGCUCCUCCUCCACACGCACUGGCUCCACCAGUCUCACCAGCAGGUACUGGUCAGAGGAGAGUGCAGAGAGGGAAAAGGAGAAGGAGAGGGAGUCUGCUGCAGUCAUCCCCACUAUAAACACUGGCUCUACUACGACCACCACAUCUACCACUACCACCACCGGCAUAUCUACCGGCAUCGGCACUGGCUCUGAAAGACGCAGGUCUUAUCUGACACCUGUGCGAGACGAGGAGUCAGAGUCCCAGAGGAAAGCUCGCUCCAGACAGGCCCGACAGUCGAGAAGGUCCACCCAGGGCGUGACUCUGACUGACCUGCAAGAGGCCGAGAAGACUAUCGGCAGGACUCGUCCCAUAAAGACCCGGGAGGAGGAGAAGGAGGAGAGAGAGAAGCAGGACAAGGAGAAGCAAGAGGAGAGGAAGGAGACUGAGACCAAGGAGGACGACUACCGAUCGAAGUACCGCAGCUUUGAAGAGCGUUACCGGCCGUCAUCUUCCUCCUCCACCUCCACCAUUUCCUCAGUUAGCACUGCCUCCAACCCCUACACUAGCGCCGCAUUGUCCUCCAGUUCCAGCUCCCUCAACAGGCCCAACAGUCUGUCGGGGAUCACCUCCUCCUAUAGCCGUUCCUCCAGAGAUACAGAAAAAGAAACUGACAAAAGGGAGGAGGAGAAGGAGGGAGAGGACAAGUCCCAGCCCCGCUCCAUACGGGAUCGCAGGCGGCCCCGCGAGAAGAGACGCUCCACCGGGGUUUCCUUCUGGACCCAAGAUGGUGAUGAAAAUGACCCUGAUCAGCAGUCUGACUCAGAGGAGGGAAGCACCAAGGGAGAGCCACAAAGUGACAGAUUGUCCAGGAACGAGAGCAGCACUUCAUCCAUAGAUCGUAACGACACUCUUUUUAGCCGUAGCUAUGGUGAGAGUCGGAGGCCAUACUCGAGCAGACUGGAUAGAGAUGAUACCACUGACUAUAAGAAGCUCUACGAGCAGAUCUUAGCUGAGAACGAGAAGUUGAAGGCCCAGUUACGUGACACAGACCUGGAGCUGGCAGACUUGAAGCUACAACUAGAGAAGGCCACACAGAGGCAGGAACGCUAUGCUGACCGGUCACAGCUUGAGAUGGAGAAAAGGGAAAGAAGAGCUCUAGAAAGGAAGAUUUCUGAGAUGGAGGAGGAACUUAAGAUGCUCCCAGACUUGAAAGCAGACAACCAGAGACUAAAGGACGAGAACGGAGCACUCAUUCGAGUCAUUAGCAAGCUUUCCAAGUAGAACAUACCCCCCCUCCUUCCUCCUCCUUCCCCUUCUCCACCCACCAAACCCCCCGCCCCGUCUUCUGCACCCCCAACCCCUUCCUCCUCUCUAGUCCCCCAUGGCAGUGACUAAUGGAAUUGCACAUUUAGAUAUUAAUUGCAACAGACAUCAGAGACAAGACUCCUUUUUUCUUUUUUUUGUUUUCUUUUACUCCUCAACUCUUUAUCUCCUCUUUUUUUGCUCCUCCACCACCACUUGCAGCAUCAACCCAUCCAUCCAUCCAUCCAUCCAUCUUCCCCUGCGCGCCACCACCACCACCACCACCUCCUCCUCCACCUCCUUCUCCUCCUCCUCUUCAACUAUAAUCCACUCGAUUCUGUGGCUGCUGUCCUGAUAGAACCACUGAGUUUACAGAGCAAAAAGGAAAAAGGGUUGUGCGAUCAGCAUGUAAAAGCAUCGUGGGCGGGGAAGCCUGAAAACUAUUUAACCAAUAAGCCUUAGUUGUACAUAAAGAGAAAAAGAAAACACUUGCAUCGAUCUCUUCUCUCUCUCUUCUCUCUCUCUCUCUCUUAGCUAUCACUGAAGAACAGAUAUUAUCCAACACCUGAUUUUAUUUGUGCCACAAUCUCUUAUUUGAUGUAAUUUUUCUUUUUUUUUUUCUUUCUUUUCUUUCCUCCUGUGUAAAUGUUGUGUGCUGUGCAGUUUCUUCAUCCCUCCCUGAUACCCCCCCCCCCCGAAAGUGCCACUUCUGCCCCCCAUAUCAGCUUCUUGUGGCCCUCGCCUCGCCUCCUCUAACCCAAUCACCUCCCCCCUUUUCUUUUUUUUUUAACACACACAGAUCACCAGUGCACACACACACACACAAACACUAGCUCGCUCUACUCCCUUUUUCUUUCUUUUUUUCUUCCUUUUUUUUUUUGUACCUCUGUGUGUCUUCCUCCAAGAGGGAAAAAAAAUGAAUUCUCGCUUUUGCGAAAAAAACGAGGCGGACCUGGUGGAAUUUAAGCUUUCACUGUAUGUGCAAUAUGCAUUUUUUUUAAUGCUUUAAUGAUGAGUCCAUCACAAGUAGGAUUUUUUCACUCUUCCACCGCUUCCAUCGCUCACCUUCCUCCCCUCUUUUGUUUUUCUUUUUUUUUUUAAGUUUGUAGUGUAGUCAGUUUAUACUCUGUAUUCCUCACUUUGUUUUAGCAGGUACUGAGUGAUGCUGUAUAUACCUGUAUGUAUUUUGUUUGAGACCAGCACAUGGCAUGCAUUUAUGGUUCCCGUCUGUUACUAUUAAAAGUAUAUAAAUUCCAGAGGACAAAAAGGUGUGUUUUAAUUAUUUUUUCUUUUUAUAGUCUAAAAAACAUUGGAUACAAUACAGUAGAGCCUCUCUUAAAAACGGGACGGCUGACAGUGUUCAGUGCUUUUUUUUUUUCCAGUUUAAAAUAAGUGUUCACAUAAUUGUGAGAUUAAAAGAAAAAAAAUAAUCGCUUCACUACAUUUCACUUUCAUUGUAUUCAGUAUCUUGGAAGAGUGCUGUUAAUUUUGUUUCCAAUUUUUUUAAAGCUGUAGUAUUAUAGCCAAGGUGUUGUCACUAAAAAAAUAAAAAAAUAUCUUAGGUAUCGCUAACCCAGUCCUUUUUACAAUGUCUACAUGCACUGUCAAUGCCAUGUGAGGAGUCUUGAUGUCAGGUUUAAAAAGCAAAUCGCCACCAUCAAAAAGUUCCAUGCAUCUGAAAACAUUUCAUGCAUUUCAGUGGCCUUUUUAAGGAUAUUUUAGUAAAAGAAGAAAAAUAAAAAGUCACUGAAGAUAGACUAAUGACCAUCUACUUUGGUUUAGACUUUGUUUUGUUUUUUUGUUUUUUGUUUUGUUGUUUUUUUUUUCUUUAUUUUAUUUUUUUCCCCGUCAUCUUGUAAAAUAGGUGUGUGGCUUAAUACAUGCAAGCUGUGCUGUGACUACCAACCACUGAAGAGUUCAUUAAAAAUAAAC